AUGGUCUCUGCCCGAGAUACUACCUCUGUUGAGCUGCACGGCAAGUCCUAUAGUCUGCCGCAGCGCCCGACCGUGGUCGUGUGCGUCGACGGGUUUGACCCCGAGUACUUGCAGGCUGGCAUCGAAGAUGGCAUCCUACCAACGAUGGAAGCCUUCGUGAAAAGCGGCUUCCACGCGACGGCAGACUGUGCCAUGCCCUCUUUGACCAAUCCCAACAACAUGUGCAUCAUUACCGGAGUGCCUACCGGCCAUCACGGCAUCUCUGGCAAUUUUUACCUGGACAAGGAAACGGGAAAAGAGCACAUGAUUCUGGAUGACUCGACCAUGCGCGGCACGACUGUCCUCGCCAAGCUGGCGGACGCCGGUGUUCGGGUCGCCGCCAUCACUGCCAAAGACAAGCUACGACGCAUCAUUCAGCACGGCCUGUCGCCCGAGAAAGGAUCCAUUUGUUUCUCGGCUCAGUGCGCAAACGAAAGCACAGCUGCCGAGCAAGGGAUGGACAACGUUGAGGCGUGGCUUGGCCAAUCGGCACCCUCCCAGUACUCGGGAGAGCUCUCUCUGUUUGUUCUCGAUGCAGGAUUGAAGCUCCUGCAAGAGAAGCGUGCGGAUUUCUUCUACUUGACCCUGUCGGACUACAUCCAGCACAAGUAUGCUCCGCGCUCGCGCGAGGCCAACGACUUUAUGCACGCUAUCGACACGCGGCUUGGCGAGUUUGUUCGACUGGGCGCCGUCGUGGCUGUGACCGGAGAUCAUGGCAUGAGCGACAAGGCCGAUGAGAACGGAAAGCCGAAUGUGCUGUUCUUGGGUGAUUUCCUGGAUUCAAAGUGGCCAGAGAGCCGCGCCAAGGUCAUCUGCCCGAUCACGGACCCUUUUGUCAAGCAUCAUGGUGCCCUCGGCGGCUUCGUCCGAGUCCAUUUGACAGACACGUCUGUUGUCGGUGAUAUGCUCGCUGCGUGCCGUAAGCUUCCCCAAGUUGAGACAGCUCUCACCGGAGAGGAGGCAGCAGCGCUAUACGAGAUGCCGUUGGACCGUGAAGGAGACAUUGUGGUCAUCGCCAAGAAGAACUUUGCCAUUGGGAGCAAGCGAGAGGAGCACGACCUGUCGAACUUGGACGGUCAUCGGCUUCGGUCGCACGGAGGCUUAUCCGAGCAGCAGAUUCCGCUCUUGAGGUCCACCGCGGUUGACCCGAAGGAUGUAUCGGAGACGAAGAAAUGGAGGAACUUUGACAUUUUUGAUCUGGCUCUCAACUACUAG